UACUUCCACCAUUCUAUGCACGCACUUCGCCCCCGCAAAGUUGCCGAGCUCAUCGCCGCCGAUGGCUUUUGCUGACUCCGACUCUUAUCUGGAUGGAUGACGAAAAGGUGAGAGCGAUGAUGCCGAAUAGCGAAUGCUCACUUGCUGUGAACGAUGACGAGUAGUGCUUUGUAUCGUAUGUCUGGUCCCCAUACCCGUAAGAGUAUCCGUCUUCCGUAUCUGUGCUCCGUAUCCGGACUCCGUAUUACCAGGCCAAGUCCUCGCUUGGGAGUAAGCAAACCUGGUACAAUAGACAUCGUGAACCAAACGGCCAAUCCAACACCCCAAUUGGCUCUCUUUGUAUCCUUCUGCUUGCUUACCUUGUCCUCACGCCAUGUCCCUUCCAAGCGAAUGCCGCCGCCAAGUGGGCCAUGGUCGAUGCCAAAGCAAAAGCCAAGCCUGCCAUGUAGCAUAGACAGGCAAUCACAUGCAGUCACAUGCAAUCACAACACAAGCACAGCACAAAGGGGGAUUGGGAUUGUUGAGCACAACAUCUUGUUUGUAAUCUAGGCAAUUUCAUUUAUGCCUGAUCUCUCUCUUUGUGUAGUAGUAGUACCAGAAUGCCCCCGUGAAAGACGUAUAACAAAGCGGGAGAAGAAGAAAAACCUCCCGUAGGAAAAAUGAAACACAAAGUAGAGGAGAAAACCGUAGU